AUGCAUCGUCGGCCGUCCAUUGCCCACCGCCCAAAGACCUCGUCUGCCGCCGACGACAGUUCAGCGCAGCCCCGGGCUUUCGAACCGAGCAUGAAGCGGACUGCUUCGCAGACAUUCAGCACCAAUGGCAGCGACGCGCGCGAGGCCCCCAACGCGCUGGGCGCCGUCCACGAGGGCAUGAGCGAGGAAUACCACUCUCGCCAUGCCUCGAGUGGCUCCAGGUCGCUGUCGCGGGCGACGUCGAUGUUUGAGGGAGGCUUCAAGCAGAUCCGCCGCAAGCUGUCGUCUUCGUCGUCCAGGCGGCCCUCCAUAAGUGCGAUAUUCGAUGCACCGGGUCCUUCGUCUUCUGCUUCUGCUCGAAAGAAUAGCUCAGACAUGCUGCGGUUGCCGCUUCCGCACCACGAUUCUGGCCUGCCCCUUCCACAAUUGGACACGACCACGCCUCCUGUGAAUUCCAAGAUCUCCAUGCUCAAACGCUUCUCCAGUCUCCGCCGUCGACCUGCCGCGUCAGGCCCGUCUGGUGAUUUUGCCAAGUACAACCCCAUGCCGCCGCCUAUUCCGUCCAACUAUCCUUCACUAUUACCUGGAUCAGCUGCGCGCCAGGCUGCAGCUGCGGCAAACGACGCCCGCUUGUCUCAGAUGCGCCGCGAGCAAGAACAGACACGUAAAUUCUUAGAAAACGGAUUGUCGCAGACGAACGUCGAAGAAGUCGACAACGACAACGAGAGUGGUGUGGGCAUGAUGUGCUCCUCACCCAUCGUCCGCGCGGAUAGCGUCCUGCAGGAGAAGAAGAUGGUCGACCCGCUACAAGUCCUACCCGCCGAAAUUACUACUCUUAUUCUUUCGAAUCUCGAUGCCCCAUCUCUCAUUCAGGCAGAAUUAGUUUCCAAGCACUGGAACGAUCUAGCAACCUCUCCGCAUGUAUGGAAAGAUGUUUUUCUACGACGGUUCGAGCCUACGGUACACGUUUCACCGACUCCAAUCCAAAUGGGAGGCGUUGGCGUGGGCAGAUUCACUAAGAAUGGAAGGCAUGCACCAGCGCAGGAUUGGAAGCAAAUGUUCCGAACACGAAAGACGAUUGACAGGCGAUGGAAGGCUGCCACUCCGGCCGCGAUCUAUCUCAAUGGACACACCGACUCCGUUUACUGCUGCCAAUUCGACGAGACCAAGAUCAUCACGGGGUCGCGUGACCGAACGAUUCGCGUAUGGGAUAUGACAACGUACGAGUGCAUCAAGGUCAUUGGCGGUCCGACACAUCGCCCUGUUAACAACACCCCUCCCAGUAUGGACACGCACAGAGCCAAGGUUGUCAACAACCCCUCGCUCAAUGGUACAGAGAGGGGCAACGACAUGUACCACGUGCCUGCCGAUUACCACGACGCUUCUAUUCUCUGUCUCCAAUACGAUGAUAGCAUCAUGGUGACUGGCUCUUCGGAUCACACAUGUAUUGUCUGGGACAUCACUGGCAAAGACUACGUCCCAAUGUACAGAUUGCGUGGUCACCAAGCCGGUGUCCUCGACGUUUGCCUGGACGACAAACACAUCAUCUCGUGCUCCAAAGAUUCCGCAAUCAUUGUUUGGGAUCGCCUAACUGGUCGACAAGUCCGCACUCUGACCGGUCACCGCGGCCCCGUAAACGCCGUACAACUCCGAGGCAACCUGCUCGUUUCAGCCUCGGGCGAUGGUGUAGCCAAGCUGUGGAACCUCGAUUCGGGUGUCUGCAUCAAGGAUUUCCCCUCCGAGGACCGCGGUCUCGCAGCCGUGGAGUUCUCCGACGACGCCAAGUACGUCCUUGCCGGCGGAAACGAUCACGUCGUGUACAAGUUCGAUGCCCAGACGGGCAACACGCUGCACACGUCCCAGCGCCACGGCGGGCUCGUCCGCUCCCUCUUCCUCGAUGCCUUCAACGGCCGCAUCGUGAGCGGCAGCUACGACCAAAGCAUCCGCGUAGCGAACUACUCCGACGGCGCCGUGUACGCCACGUACGAGAAUUGGACCACGUCCUGGAUCCUCAGCGCCAAGAGCGAUUACCGCCGCGUCGUGGCCACGAGUCAGGACGGGCGGACGCUCAUUUUGGACUUUGGGUGGAACGUGCAGGGUGCGGGGGCGCUGGUGGGCAAUGCGUGA